AGUUAACCUCUGGGUUACUGCUUGUUUUUUGCCAGCAGAGUCAUGGGUGUCUGGCUGAAGUGGCUGUGGUACCAUAGGAACUACUUCAUCAUCUCCAUCACUCCGCUGAUACUACUUCCCCUGCCGCUCAUCAGCCCUACGCCGCAAGCACGAUGUGGUUACGCCAUCAUCCUCAUGGCUCUGUUCUGGUGCACAGAGUGCAUGCCUCUGGCUGUGACCGCCCUGCUGCCAGUCGUCCUCUUUCCUAUGAUGGGCAUCAUGACGGCCGGAGAGGUCAGUAUUGAAUACCUGAAAGACUCUAACAUGUUGUUCAUUGGCGGCCUGUUGGUGGCCAUUGCAGUGGAGCAGUGGAACCUCCAUAAGCGCAUCGCCCUGCGAGUUUUGCUGGUGGUUGGCGCUCGUCCGGCCCUGUUGAUGAUGGGCUUCAUGAUCGUCUCGGCCUUCCUCUCCAUGUGGAUCAGCAACACGGCCACCACGGCCAUGAUGCUGCCCAUCGCCGAAGCUAUUCUGCAGCAGCUGAAAGCCAUCGAGAUCCAGGCGGAUGAGCGAGAUUUACAGGCUGCGGUUGAGGCCAACCACGGGUUUGAGAUGGAGCCCACAUCCACUAAGCAGGAAAUAAGCAACGACAAACAGCCAGACACCAACACUCAGCAGGAGGACAGAGUGUGUAAACGUGAGGUGAGUCCAGAGUCGUGUAAGGAGUCCAGCAAACAAGCGAUGGAGGACAGGUACCUACUCUUGACCAAGGGGAUGAGUCUGAGCGUGUGCUACUCUGCCAGCAUCGGAGGCACGGCCACGCUCACCGGCUCGACCACCAACAUCAUCCUCAAGGGCCAAAUCGACAAGAUGUUUCCUGAAAAUGGUGACGUGAUCAACUUCGCCAGCUGGUUCGCCUUCUCUUUCCCCAACAUGGUUCUCAUGCUUGUGUUUUCCUGGAUCUGGCUUCAGUUCAUGUUCCUGGGCUUCAACAUGAAGAAGUCAUUUGGCUGUGGCAUGAAGAGCAGCAGAGAUCAGGAGGCGCGCGAGGUGAUGAGGGAGGAGUACCUCAAGCUGGGCCGCUUGACGUUUGCUGAGGUGGCGGUGCUCGUCAUCUUCACCACGCUGGUGCUCCUGUGGUUCACCAGGGAGCCGGGCUUCAUUGACGGCUGGGCCACGGUGCUCUUCAACAAGGAAAAGGCGUUUGUGUCUGAUGGAACCAUCGCCAUCUUAAUGUCAAUGCUUUUCUUCGCCAUCCCCUCCCAGCUGCCUAAGUUCGGAGGCUACGGUUACGACGAAGCAGGUAAGAAGAUUAAUUCCCCCCCCAAUCUGCUGAACUGGCAGAAGGUUCAUGAGCGAAUGCCCUGGAACAUCAUCCUGCUGCUGGGAGGAGGCUUUGCUCUGGCGGCCGGCAGUGAGAGAUCCGGUCUGUCCACGUGGUUGGGAGAACGCCUGACCCCUCUGGAGAAAAUUCCCCCCUACGCCAUCUCGCUGCUGCUCUCCCUGCUGGUGGCCACAUUCACCGAGUGCGCCAGCAACACCGCCACCACCACCCUGUUCCUGCCAAUCCUGGCCUCAAUGGCCAUAGCGAUAAAGAUACACCCGCUGUACGUGAUGCUGCCCUGCACCCUCGCUGCCAAUCUGGCCUUCAUGCUGCCGGUGGCCACACCACCCAACGCCGUCGCCUUCUCCUUUGGAGGACUCAGAGUCAUUGACAUGGUGAAAGCUGGCUUCAUGCUGAACAUCUUAGGGAUUUUGACCAUAAACUUGGGCAUCAACACCUGGGGAUACGCCAUGUUUGACCUGGGCACCAUCCCCGCUUGGGUCAACGCUACACAGGGCCAACCCUGAGUGAGAACGGACACAAUGGAGGACAGGAUAGUUUUUUUUAAAGCUGCUGAAGAUUCAUGAGAUGUUUCAUAAAAUCAGAUAAGCAACUAAAUUAAAUAAUAAAAUCAGAAUUGUAUAUAUUUUUUAAUCCAGAGGUUAAUAGUCUAAAGAUCUCAGGAAUACAUUUCCUGAAAUAAAUGGUAAAUGUUUGGUAUUUAUUUGGAGCUUUCCGAGUCUUGAUGACCACUCAAAGCGCUUUAAAGCACAGUUUUGCCAUCCACCCAUCAGGGGGGAAUUUGAGUUUUAUUAUCUUGCCCAAGGACACUUUGGCAUGAAGAAUGAGGGAGACUGAGAUCGAACCGAUGACCCUCUGGUUAAUGGACAACCCGCUCUAUCUCCUGAACCACGGCUGCCCCAGUAAUAUAACCCUUAAGUUUGGUCAAAAACAAUAAAUAUGGCGCUUCUUGUAGGAUUCCUUUGUUCGUAGAGAAGCUGGAGAGAAAUGAAAGUUUUCAGGACUUAAUCUUAAGAGCUGUAGCUGAAAGGGUGAUUCUUUUAAAUCGUGAAAAAGAAAGAAAUUUUAAAGUUAAAAGAUGAAUCAUGUAAAAAUAUAACCAUUUAGACCCAGCUCCCCUUAUCCGUGGCGUUCUGCUGACACGUCACCCUGACCGUUUCCUUGACACUUUCUCCUCUGACUGGGACGUGAUCUCAUCAACGUGUUCAUCAUUGACAGAUCACGUGAAACUGCAGUGAACUGUUUGUUUGACUGGUUAUUUACCAUAACGUGGCCGUGCUGUGUUCACAGGCAUCACGUACAUGAGCUAAAACUGAAUUGUAUCAGUUGAUUUAAAUUAAUACUGUGGUCACUUAUUUUUUUUUUUUUUGCACGUGUUAUUGUUUCACUGUGGUGUUUUGGUCACACUGGUUGUUUUUCGAAGAACGAGCACUGACUUUAUAUUUCUGCACUUGUGAUUUGUAAAAACCAAAGUGGCAGAUUUAGUUGUGUAUUUAUUUGUAUAUUAUAGAAGGCAUUAAAGGAACAGUUUGACAUUUUUUGGAGAACACACUCUUUCUUGUCAAGUGUUGGCUGAUUAACACGUUUUUGUACAGAUAAACAAAAAAACAACAAGAUUUAACACUGAGCUUUUGAGAUUAAUUACCUCUGCCAACUGGUUUUCGCUCCUGUACCUAUGCUGGUUUGUCUGUCAACUGGAUUACGCAACAACUACUCACUGGAUUUCCACGGUGGACGGAUGGGACAAGGGCCAAGAAGGAAGCCAUUAAAUACAGGAUUCUUUUUUUACUUUUACAUUGUAUAUUCUGACAAUUUCUUUAAUUUCCUUGGGACUAAUUCAUGGAUAGUGGACUGAUGUCCAUGAGUGUGUGCUGAAUUUUUAAAAACUGUUGAGCCUUGGCUGAGGAAUGCACUCUACUCUAAUUUAUGUAUAUAUUUCUUUAACUUCACUUUCUAUCAUAGAAAAAUCGACUGGUGAAUACUCUUGAGCCUGACUCCAAAAAUGUUGACUUAUUCCUUUAACAGAGCCGCUCCAGUUGUUAUCAGGACUUGCACACAAAGUCGAGCCGACACUGAUUAAGUGUCUUUGCGCAAUGAGGAAGCGAAGUGUGCAAAUCAAUAGCAGGAAGGUGUCACUGGUUAAAGGACAACUGGGAGAUAAGAAGCUGCCAGUAAGUUAUGAAGGUCACUGAGGUCCGUUUCUGUUGUGAUUUAUCUCAGGGGAACGUAAUAAACUGAAGAUGUGGAGCGAGUCCUGAGUUAUGUUUUUUAUUGACCUGAAACGUUUCCUUUCUGAGAAUAAAGCAUCAU